UACUUUCUUCCACCAGGUGUCACACUUGAGUCGGUUUUUCUCUGCGGAACCAUCAAGCAGCAGCCCCUCAGAACAGGGGGCUGGAAACAGUGUGACACACUCACCAAACAGGAAUGUUAAAUGAAGGGUCUUCGACGGUGGUGUGAGGGGUCAAACCAGGAUGGCCACCAGCCGUGUUCCACUAGUCCUGCUUGCCUGCGGCUCCUUUAAUCCCAUCACCAACCAGCACAUGAGGCUGUUUGAGCUGGCUAGAGACCACAUGCACAGCACAGGCCAGUACCAGGUGGUGGGUGGCGUCGUGUCUCCGGUGAGUGACGGCUAUGGAAAGCAAGGCCUCGUACUGGCUAAGCACCGAGUUGCUAUGGCCAAGCUGGCGCUCAGGAGCUCAAACUGGGUCACGGUUGAUGACUGGGAGAGCCGGCAGCCAGACUGGACGGAGACUGCUGUCACCAUGAGGUAUCAUUAUGGGCGCAUCCUGAAGGAGUGUAAGCAGUUCACAGCAGCGCACAACGACGACUCCAGUGGAAACGCCGUUCCACUAUCAACCCCCUCUCCCCAGUUGAAGCUCCUGUGUGGAGCCGAUUUCCUCGAAUCUUUCAAGAUCCCCGGCCUGUGGCAGGAAGACCACGUGGAGGAGGUGGCUGGACGCUUCGGCCUGGUCUGCGUCAGCCGAGGGGGGCUGGAGCCAGAGCGGGCCGUGCACGAGUCGGACACGCUCUCGGCCCACCGCCGAAACGUUUUCCACGUGAGGGAAUGGGUGAGUAACGAGACGAGCGCCACAGAGGUCCGCCGGGCUCUGAGACGGGAUCUGAGCGUCAAAUACCUGAUUCCAGACUCUGUGAUAGAAUACAUUCACCAGCACAACCUCUACACACGAGACAGCGAGAGCAUCAAUGAGGGCGCGGUGCUCAGGCCGCUCGCCAAACAGCCAGUGAAGAGCCUGGAUGACGUUCUGCACUCUGGCACAAGUAGCCGUCAACAGCAGACCUCUUCUUCACUCACUGGGAGUAAGGAAAGCAGCAGAGCAACAGCCAACAUGCCGGUGGAUCUGAACGGAUAUUGGAAGAUGAUUUCCAAUGAUAACUUCGAGGAGUACCUGAAGGCUCUCGAUGUAAAUGUUGCCAUCAGGAAAAUCGCCACCUUGUUGAAGCCUGACAAGGACAUCAGCCACGAUGGCGACCACAUAAUCAUUAAGACCCUCAGCACCUUCAAAAACUACAACAUGGACUUCUAUGUGGGCAAAGAGUUUGAGGAGGAUCUGUCUGGAGUGGAUGACAGGAAAUGCCAGACCACCAUCACCUGGGAGGGAGACAAGCUGGUGUGUGUGCAGAAGGGGGAGAUCGAAGGGAGAGGCUGGACCCACUGGGUAAACGGAGAUGAGCUUCAUCUGAGUCUACACACACCAGCUAAAGCGUCACCAGCUGCAACCAUGCCUGCAGACUUCAGCGGGAAAUGGAUACUGGAAACCAAUGACAAAUUUGAGGAGUACUUGAAAGUGUUGAAUAUUGACUUUGCCACAAGGAAGAUUGCUAUCUCACUUUCUCAGACCAAAGUGGUCACCCAAGACGGAGACAAGUUUGACUUCAAAACUCUGAGCACCUUCAGGAAUUAUGAGCUCGCCUUCACUGUAGGAGUUGAGUUCGAUGAGCACACCAAGGGAUUAGACAACAGAAACAUCAAGUGUCUCGUGACCUGGGAGGGAGACAAGCUGGUGUGCACUCAGAAAGGAGAGAAGGCAAACCGGGGCUGGAAACACUGGAUUGAAGGAGACAAACUCUACCUGGAGCUGACGUGUGAAGAUGUAGUUUGUGUUCAGGUGUUCAAGAGAAAACAAUAAAAGGCCAAUGUAUGUUUUUAAUUUCAAUUAUUUGGUUAACUGAGUCCGUCGUUGUUUUCUCCAUGAUAAUAUGUUUCCCUGAACAUAUGAACAAAGUGAAUAAAGGUGCUUUUCAGACAUAAA